AUGCCUGAAGAUGAUAUUGAGCCUCCUUCUAAAAUUACUAAGAGAGCAUUUACUGAUAUACUCGAAAAAGACACCAAAAAGGCACAUCCCCCUAUUUUUGCUAUUCUUGUGACUGUCCAGGACAAAUUGAAGCUGGAACUGCCAGAUAAAUACAAUCCUCUAUUCUCCAAUGAGAAUCAACCUCAGUCCUCUUCAGCUCAGCUACAGGAUGCACCCACCUCUGGUCCUUCCCAACAAGGGCCGGUUGUAAAAUCUGACCAUCACUCUCCUCAGAGGAUUCUAAGAUCUUCUAAGACCUCACCACAGCCUUCCCCUUCACCACAGCCUAGAAGAAAGAGGAGGUUUCUUCAGCCUCUUUCUGAUUCUGAUGAUGCAGAUACACCUCCACCUCCAUCACCUACACCAGUGAAACAAACCAGGAAGAAAAUCAAGCCUACUUCAGUCACUGAUUUGACUGUAGAUCCUCCUGUUGAGACAGUGGUUACCUCUCUUGCCAUAGUCACCACUUCUGCUCCUGUGUUUGUUGAGCCUCUCUCUGCAGUUCCUCUUGAUGAACCCUCAACUGCAGCUGAUAUUCCUAUGUCAAAAACUAAUCCUGAUUUACUAGAUAAAUCAGAAGCUCUUCAAGCAGCACCUCCUACUCCUAAUAAGGAAUCUCCGAUUAUAGCUGAAGUUCAAGCAGAGCCUACUUUGCCAAUGCAUCAGGAAUCUCUGAUUCAAAUUGAAGACCAAGUUGCAGCUCCUGUUCAGGAGAUUCUUUGUGUUGCUCAGUCUGAUGAUGCAACAUAA